AUAUACUCAAAUAUCCUGUAAAAUAUUCAUUGCUUACGCUAGAAAAUUCAAAAAUGGGAGUCGUUUGUACGCUUGUAUUCGCUUUGGCCUUUCUCGUCAAUUCCAUUGUUUGCACUGGUUGGAACCAUGGAGCGCCAAGAGAAAGAAUAAUGAGAAUGCGAAUAGAUGAACAUGCAAACAUGUGGUACAGGGAAUACUGCUGUGCACCACGCGGCCAACUUUAUACUUUACAACCAGUCAAGGGCACAAAGAGUUUCUUAGAAAGGGAUGGUAUCAUAAUUGGAUUUGGCCAAGAUUAUGGAACUAUUCGUGCGAUGCGUGACGCGAAUGGCAAUGCGUUUGUAUUUGAAGAAGGCAUGCGACGCCGACCAGCUUCGGAAGAAGAACUAAUGGCAAGAGGUGUAGGAGGACGUAUGCCACCAUUUGAUGCAAAUUCUCGAGAACUUUAGAAUUAGCCAAUGUUAGCGAGAAUAUUAUCGUUCUUGAGAAUUUUCAAAUUUUCAUCGUUUUUCAAUAGUUUUUUGUAGUUUAUGAUCAACACAGUAGACUAAACAAAUAAAUCCCUUUAUUUUCUUAACCGUUACCUCUACUGCAAAUUUUGAUGUCAUACUUUUCCUCCCUCUGAUAUCACCAUUUUUGAAAAGCAUUACUUUAGCCCCGUUUUACUGUUAUCGAAAAAAGCUGAAAUCGUGUAUGUGUUUUAAAAGAAAGUGAGUUUAAAUUUAAAUACAUGAAUCCAGUCCGUCGUUUUGGUUUUCCUGUAU